AUGAGCGUCAUCAUACCAACCUCCAACCUCGAGCCAACCUCCCGAAACAAAAGUGUUCAAAGAACAGUACGACUACGCUUAUUUGCCACAGAAAUUGGUAGAGUACGCCGUAAUUUCUCCUGGAAUCUUCUGCGGAAGAUGUGGAGUCGAGGCCCUGAAAAUGGCUUCGGAAAUGCUUUGAAUGAGGAAUAG